GGAGCCUGGGAGAAGAAGCAAUCGACAGGAACCACCACCCCUUUCUCCAACAAUCUUCUGAAAGGAGCGCAGAAGCUCAAACAAUGAAAAGUGCUCAUUUUCUUGCUGGAUUCCUGCUCCUCAUCAUCAUCCAAAGCAGCUGCCUGAUGCCUGUCCAGGACGACGCAGACCGAACCGUCCUGUCAUUGAGUGAAAACUCAAUGUUCAAUGAUCCAAUUGAGUUCCCAAACAUGAAGAGGCACUCAGAGGGAACGUUUUCCAAUGACUACAGUAAAUACCUGGAGACAAGAAGAGCACAAGACUUUGUCCAGUGGCUGAAGAAUUCCAAAAGAAAUGGGAGUUUAUUCAGACGUCACGCAGACGGGACCUACACGAGCGAUGUCAGCUCCUACCUGCAGGACCAGGCAGCCAAAGAGUUUGUGUCCUGGCUGAAGACCGGCCGAGGCAGAAGAGACUAAACUCCAGCUGAGCUCCUCUUGCUGCUGCCCCC